AUGGGGCAUCACUCCUGCUGCAAUCAGCAGAAGGUGAAGAGGGGGCUGUGGUCUCCUGAGGAAGAUGAGAAGCUUAUCAAGUAUAUUACCACUCAUGGCUAUGGCUGCUGGAGUGAAGUUCCUGACAAAGCAGGACUUCAAAGAUGUGGGAAAAGUUGCAGAUUGAGAUGGAUAAAUUACCUGAGGCCUGACAUUCGACGUGGGAGAUUCAGCCCUGAAGAGGAGAAACUAAUCAUUAGCUUGCAUGCAGUGGUUGGAAACCGAUGGGCUCAUAUUGCAAGCCACCUGCCUGGAAGGACAGACAACGAGAUAAAAAAUUAUUGGAAUUCAUGGAUCAAGAAGAAGAUAAGAAAGCCGAACACAGGCACAUCUACUUCUUCAAUUCGCCAAAAUUCAAAUAUUCAGAUUCCACCAACAUUUACACAAGACUUCAACUCCCUCGCUCAAUUUGAACCACUAGCAAAUCAAGUCAUGACAAACUCAAAUCCAAAUGACAACAGCUCCAUCUUCCCUUCUUCCCCCAUCCCUCUAUUCAUGUUCGAGUCCGAGUGCGGCGCCACAAUGGGCAAAGAUGAUCAUGAGCUUGUCGCCGACGUCGGAAACCUGAACUUGGUUGAUAUUUGGAGCACAAAUGGCAACCAGAACGAUCAUCAGGCAUUAUCUCCUCUCUGCUCUUUUGUCGAUCAUAACUAUUUGCCUCCCCUUGUGGACGGGAUGGUAACAAUGGGUCCACCUCCUGGCUGCAUUGGUGAGGAUUGUGCGGCUAGCGGCAGCCAUGAAUGUUUUGAAAAGAACGAAUUAAGUGAGUGGGUUGAAGCUCAGCAAUACCCGGGCUUCUUCAUUUGGGACCAAGGAUUACAAGGUCAGAUCGGAGGUGAAGAUCUGCCUGUCUCGAGUCCUCCAAAAUCUAACACUGAUACCUCAGUUGACACAUUUCCUUCCUCUUUGUGA